CUUCAACAUGCAACGCUGCCAACAUGCAAUGCAGGGUAGUUGACUCACCAGGAGGAUUGCUUUGACACUAUCAGUUGUUAAUGUGAAACCAAGCUCUCCAUUUUGCUGGAUCUUCAACAUAACAUCCACAAGAUCAUCUACUCCUUCCUCCUUUUCACCUUCCCCUGCUUUUGCUGCUGCUAUAUGCUCAUUGAUUAUGCUAUGGAGUAUCCGGUCAGAUUCUCGCUGCAGUUUCUGCAGCCUGGAUCUAACCCCAGUAAUCAGCUGAAGGAACUUGAACGAUGGGAACACAUCAGCAACACCAAACCCGCUCCCAACGUCAUUGAUUUCCAUAGAAACCGGUACGAAUGACGACUCAACCUUGUACAGCUUCCCGAAUGCAGUCCUUGAUAUGAUCCUAUACGUCAGAGAGUAAAUCAUCCUACUAACAUUGGUCACCAAACCUUGUCUGCAGCAAAUGUCAGUUACUAAACUGGCAACUUCUUGUUCCCUGAUGGGGCGGAAAGAAGCUACCCGCUUCGCGCUGUUGCUGCUUUGAGUUUGAGGGUUGGUCUUUCUUCCAUGGUCUGAGGAGUGGAAAGAUGAAGGUGAUGGUGAUGAAGAGAAAUGAGAAGAGCAGAGGGAGUACUUGGAUGCUGCUCUCCAUUUUUCCUUCUUGGAGUUAGGAGAUGGAUCAGGGAUGGCUUUUGUAUUGUGAUUCUUCUGAUUUACUCAAAUUAAAAUAUGAAAUUUUGACUUGGAAGUCAUGUAGAACCUGAUUCUGCCACCGAGACAUCCUCCUGCCUGCACCAUCUUUAUUUCCUGUCUCGUUAGGCGAAACCAGGUACGAUCGAUCCAUCUGUUACUUGUAUGCUUCUAUUGUUCGACAAAUGAACAUCUUCAGUCUCUACUAUAACGUUUUAGCAAAUACCUUGUAUAGUAUGGUCUUUUUGGCUCUCAAUCAUGUUCAAAGAUACCUAUUUCUGGUAUGGUCUUUUCAAACUUCAUUUACUAUAUGAUCAUGCCCUGCUCUGCCCAUCCUUUCUAAGUAUAUUUUUGAUGAUGUGCUUAUUAUAUAUGUUUGGAGACAAAAAUAAGCCAGUCUUUAUAUUAUAUUUUGAAUUGAACUGAUUGACUGUAAUCGAGCUAUUUCUUAUCGAAAACGGAUGCAAACCACAACUACUUCAUAACAUUAAUAUCGUAGGGAAUAGGAAUGCUCUUAAUGUCAUACAUGAUACAAUGUCGGAUCUCAUGGUCAGAAAGAGACACAAAAUGAAUUCCGAAAGGAACUGUAUGGCACAUGGGAGAGACGAGCUUACCAGUCCAUGCGCCAGGCCAGGGGACUGCGAAACUUAGUGUUCCUAACUUAGUGUUCCUUUGGAAGUUGUGAUUUCAAGUGAUUGUAUUUAGUCAAUGCAUGUAAUGUCAAGAUUAAGUCAUUUUUUUAUUAAUUUUUUUACAGAAUAUAUGUAUUACCUUUUUCUUGACCCACCUACAAUCACUCAAAAUGAGUGAUUAUCAAUCUCUACCAAAAAGAGAGAUUGUGACCAAGGGAUUGUCUACCCUCUAUUUUUUCAUUUAUAACAAAGCACAAUGUAAACCUCCAAACAAGGUAUUUUUCAAAUUGAUACAUUUUUAUCAAUAUAUCCUCUUCCGAUUAAUGAUCUCGCAUCCCCACCCUUUGAAGAUCUAUUGGACCACCCACCUUCUGUGGAGGAUCCCAAUCAUUUAGCCAUCAUCCCUUUCAACCCAACCAGGCUGGAGGAUCGUUUCGACUGGCAAGCGGAACGUGAUGCGGAUAACCUUCUGGAAUGCAGCGUCAAGUUUAGCAGAGUGUUCCGUCUAGAGUUAAAUGGUUCGAGUGAAGAUGCUGACAAAUUUGUUGAGGACAUUGCCCGGGAUACGAAGAUUAGGAAGACAAGGAAGCUGAGGUCGAAAACAGAAAUGGAAAUGCGCAGGCUGGGUUCUCAAGCGGUAUGCGUAACCUCAACGAGACUCAGGAAGAGAUCUACCCAAUUGAAAGAUUUUGAUACAGAUCCAGAAAGGGCCACUGCUAGAGGGAAGAGUGCAGGUCCCAGGCUUGCUGAUAACUCCACUGUUUAAUUAUGAUGCAAGGUUCUUCAAUUCUAUCAUGGAACGUCAGGGGUUUGGGUGCUAGUGACAAACGAGCAAGAAUCAAAAGGCUGAUUAGGAGAUGGCGUCCAGACAUUGUGGUUCUAUCCGAAACUAAGUGGGAUGUUGCACUCGAAUGCUGAUAAGUUCCAUCAGUGGAAGGAGAAACUCGGAAUGGGCUGCAAAGGAUGCGAUCGAGACGUGUGGAGGUAUCGCUAUUUUCUGGGAUAAAGGGAUUUUCAGUUUGGUGGACAAGUGGGAAGGGAAAUUUAGCCUUGCGGUGAAGUUACAAAGAGUGGGUCAGCAAGAAACUUUCGCAAUCCUUGGGGUUUAUGGUCCCCAGGAUAAGGAGAACAAAUUGGCUUUCUUGGAGGAAUUACGGAUGGUAUGUGAAGGCUGUUUGGAUCCCCUAUGUAUCAUUGGAGACUUUAACCUGGUAAGGUGUGAGGAUGAUUACAGGGGUCUCCCCCGGGAUAGAGAAUUGAUGGAGAAGUUCAACGAACUAAUCAGUAAGCAGAAUUUGAUCGACCUACCGCUCAAAGGCUCUUUGUUCACUUGGAGUCGCGGGGGCAGUAAUGGCUCCCUUUCUCGUAUUGAUAGAGCUUUAGUUAAUCCGUGGUUCGACAGUUGCUUCGCUCCGGAAUCAGUCUUGGCGCUGGACAGAGUUGAAUCGGAUCAUAAUCCCCUCCUUUUACGGUGGGGAUCCGAAGAGAAGAUUUCUCGCCCUUGGAAAUUUUUGAAUGUGUGGCUGUUGGAGGAGUCUUUCCUCACAAGUCUCGUGGGAUGGUGGAACCUGCCAACAACCGGUUUUGGGUGUCUCUAUCUCUUUGGUAAACGAUUGAGAAACACAAAGUUUAUGGUUAAAGGCUGGAAUAUAGAGAAAUUCGGCAGAACGGAUGAGAAAGUUUCACGCUUGCUGUUUAAACUCAAAGAAAUUGAUAAGCUUGAAGAACAAGGACCCUUGGCUGACUCAUUACUCAUAGAAAGGACCCUCCUUAAAUGUGAGUUAGAAAAAACUCUGCUUAAGGAGGAGAUUAUCUGGAGGCAGAAAUCAAGGGAGAUAUGGUUGAAGGUGGGGGACUUGAACACCUCAUAUUUUCACAGAGUAGCGCAGAACAAUUUGCGGAGGAACAAAAUUCAGAACAUCAAGGUUAAUGGAGUGUGGGUUGACACUAAGGAAGACCUGCAGUCAGCUUUUCGGGAUCAUUUUCAGGGGCGUUUCUUGGAAGAGAAACAGGCUAGACCUUUCCCAAAGGGUUACAGAACAGGUCUGAUUGACGCGGAAGAAAACUACAGACUAAGUGUUCCAUUCACAGAAGCAGAAAUCUGGAAGGCAAUAUCAGAGUGUGAUGGUGAUCGCGCUCCCGGGCCAGAUGGGUUUACUCUGGAGUUUUACAAAAAGGGGUGGAACGUUAUCAAGAGGGAUCUGGUCAAGGCGCUCGACGAGUUUCACAUUUCUGGUUUCAUGCCAGACUCGAUUGCACACUCGUUUCUCUGUUUAAUUCCGAAGAAGGAUGCGGCUGAAGAAGUAAGCGACUUUCGACCAAUAAGCCUUGUGGGAAGCCUCAACAAGGUGCUGUCCAAAGUACUAAUCGCAAGGCUCAGACCGUUGAUGGAUAGAAUUGUUACUCGACAUCAGUUUGCAGGGGUUCGUGGCAGACAACUUCAUGAGGCAAGUUUGAUUGCCAAUGAGUUAGUGGACAGCAGGAAGAGAAGUGGAAAACCGGGGGUAAUCCUGAAACUUGACAUUGAGAAGGCUUUUGACAGUGUCAAUUGGGGUUGCUUGUUGAGUGCGGCGGCAUCCAUGGGGUUUAGUUCAAAAAUUCAGAGGUGGAUCAAGGGGAUUGUCUCGUCCACAAGACUGUCGGUUCUAGUGAAUGGGGAGUCAACCGGUUAUUUUAAAACAGAGAGGGGCCUGAAGCAGGGUGAUCCCUUGUCACCUUUUUUCUUCAAUAUUGCCAUGGAUAUCUUGUCUUUCAUGAUUCAGGAAGCUUGUAGCGAGGGGUUUAUCAAAGGCUUUUGUAUGGAUGAAGUAAACAGAAGAGGGGAAGUGACACAUCUGUUAUAUGCAGACGACGCCAUUAUCUACUGUGAUGCUACUGAAGAGGAGGUAAGGAACAUCCUUGCUAUCCUCGUCUGCUUUCAGAGCGUCUCUGGGCUCAAAGUAAACCUUGAGAAAAGCAGAAUGUUUCCUGUCGGGGAUGUGGAUAGUUUGGGGAGACUUGCGGAAGUCUUUGGCUGCGACUGGAGCUUUCUGCCAACCACUUAUCUUGGAUUACCGCUGGGCGCCCCUCCUGCUGCGGCGGGAGUUUGGAACACAGUAAUUACAAGACUGCAGACGAAAAUGGAAGGUUGGAAAGGGAGUUUGCUCUCACUGGGUGGGAGGAUCGUCUUGAGUAAUGCUUGCCUUGCAAGCCAGCCCCUGUUCAGAUGCUCGUUGUUCAUUGCACCGAAGGGGGUGAUUCAAAGGAUCGAGAAUAUACAAAGAGACUUCAUCUGGUCGGGACUUGGAGAGCAGAAGAAAAUUCAUCUUGUGGCUUGGGAAAGAUGUAAAAUUCCAAAGAAAUGGGGUGGACUGGGGAUUAAGGACUUGGAACUACAAAAUAAGGCACUAAUAUGUAAAUGGUUGUGGAGGUUUGCGAGGGAGCAAGACAAUUGGUGGAGGGAGCUCAUACAAAUAAAGUUUGCCAUUGGUGCAACGAGCUGGAAAAGCGGAGGGAUCCAAGGCGCCGUUAGGAUCAGUCUUUGGAAACAAAUCACAACAGUUAAUGCUGAGUUCUGGAAGUUCGCAAGGGUGAAAAUCGGUAUGGGGAACAACAUUCUGUUUUGGCUUGACCAUUGGCUCAAUGAAAGGACUCUUGCGGAGAUCUUUCCAAGGGUGGCGGCUGCUGCGGCGUUCCCACUUGCUUCAGUUUCACAGUGUCUGCAUUUUGAAAAUGAGAGUUUAACUUGGGAAAUACCUCUUAAAUAUACACUAAGGGGUGGGGCGGAGAGAGAACGAGUUAGCUUACUAAAUUAUCUUAACUCUCUUGUGCCAUCUUUGUUUCCGUCAGCUCCUGCAGGUUCAGACUCCUUGAUGUGGCGGGCUCCAAACACUGCAUCUUUCACCGUGAGCUCCAUGUAUCAAAGGUUCAUCAAGGAGAAGUGUCAACCGAGGGAGGAUUUCCCCUUCAAAACAAUUUGGCAAGGGCAUAUUCCAACCAAGGUUUGCACUUUCAUGUGGGUUGUUCAUCAGAAGAAGAUCCUCACCCACGUCUCAUUGAAGAAGAGAGGUUGGAGUUUCCCCAGCAAAUGCGUCUUGUGUGGGGUGGCCGAGGAAGACGCAAAUCACCUUUUCCUUACCUGUAGCUUUACUUGCAGGGUUUGGGAGGUACUGCAGGCUUUUGUUUGCAUCACAAACGCUCCCCCCGACAUAUCACAAGCAAUUCAGCAUUGGCCAAAGUGUAAGCCUGCAAAUCCGAAAGAGUGGUGUACUAAAUCUCUACUCCACGCUCUCUGCUGGAGCGUUUGGAGAGAAAGAAAUGCUCGGACCUUUGAUGGCAAAGCAACACCAGAAUUGACAGUAGCUUUUAAAACAGGGAGUUUGAUUGCUCAUUGGCUCUUAGCGGCGGAUAAAGUGGAGAAAGUGAUCGCGGAAAGCUGGCUGGAAGUUUUGAAGUCGAGAACGUGUGGUGGCAGAGGUACUACUUGGCUUUGAGUUGGUGGUCUGCAUUCGGGAUUCUUGCGCGCUGGUGAGUUCAGCAUCGCAGUGCCCCGUGUUCGUGUCGUCUGUUUUUUCGGGUUUCUUGGAAGACUUGCAGGAGAUAGCUGCAAUUGCGUUUACAUGUUUUAUAUCCCCAGCCUUGUAGGUAGAGCUCUGAGAUGAGAUGGGAUGACAGUUUCCAUUCACCUAGUGUUCAAGUUUGGGCCUGGGGAUGCAUCUGCAGCUGGGUGUUACCUGUUUUUGUGUCCCUGCCACCCUUCUGGCUGCUUUGCUGUGUUUUUUCUUCUAUUUUUUUGUACUUUAGUUUACUUCAGUUUAAGUUAAUGAAUGUCAUCAUUAUCAAAAAAAAAAAAACUUCAAUUUGGAGAAUCCCAACCUCCGAACAACCCCUUAAGCGUUGGUGAUGUGCAGGUGGGGUCGUUCAUAUGAUUAAUCGGAAGAAUUGGGCCCACAUUUUGGGUGGCAGCUUUCUCACCGAGGUUUAUUAGGUUCUUCAUGACUCUAUGCAGCGUGUAUCAUUUCACUUGGGGGGCGUGUAAGUAUAAUAGGGUUGCCCAUCUCGUGACGAAAAAAGCUCCCUCAUCGUUUGAUAGUAGGCUGGUUGACAAACCGCUCUUCUUUCAUGCAUCUUUCUAAUUUUGACUUGCAAAGAACCUGUUUAUUCUGUCGUAUCUUGUUUUUCUUUUCUUUUGAAAUGAUAAAGAAAAAUUAUAUAUAUACAAAAUCUAAAAAACAAAAAAGAAACAAAAAAAAAAGAAGUCAAUUCACAUUAUAAUUCGUUUCUCAUACACGAUCCCCUUUUCUUAUCAUCGUGUCUCCCUACGCAGGGUUAGUGUCAACGCUAAAGUAAAUCAUAGGAAUGGAGAAUAAUAUGUCCGAUUGUUUGCUGUGUCCUAUUCGUCUUUGAAUAAUAACCCCUUGAUUGACGGGCGGAACGUAACUUGCGAUUCCUUUUUCGGUUCUUCAUCUUCCUUUUACCAACUCAGUUGAUGGUCGUCCUCUCGUGUUAGACUUGGAGAUUGAAUCCUGCAAAACGUCCUAAUUCUAUGCUUGGAUCAAAAUGGACAUCUCUUUCUCACCAAGUCGGUCUUUUCCCCUCAAAGAUAUGUCAAAAAGACAAAGAUAGGUACAAACAAUUUGAGAUUGGCAAAACUUAUUCAUCUUCGUGGGUAACCAAUUGAAUCAGAAUCGGAAAAAAUUUCACCAAAAAUAUUUGUAGGUGGGGUUUCUUUAAACCCGACAGGCACGGAAUAUGUUUGGUACAGUUGACAGAUUCAUGGACCCAACAAGUCUAUUAUCGUCGACAAACAUUUAGAGGUUGACCUUGAGAGUUGGGUUUCAUGUUGACGUAAGACUACUGUUAUGUAAUCUCUCGUCACAGAUUAGUAAUCUAAAUACUUAAAGGAUCACUAUUAGAGGUGACGAGUCUAAUCUUGAUUGUUGCAUUUGACAUUAAUUAAAAGGGUUGGACUCCGUUGGUCGGCCGGUUGAUGGUAGGAAGAAAGAAGCAUUCCCUUCUCCAUUCUCUCUUGUCAAAGGCUAGGUUUGAAGAAAGAAAAAAUUCGUUGCAACUUACAACCCACCAAUGAGAGAGAAUGCACUCGUAAGCCUUGUUGACAUGGUACAAAUUAUUUGGUGUUGUACUAUGACUACACUAUUCACGACCUAGCUUCCAUUGUUGACAAACUCAACAACUACUAGACGUACUACUCAAUAAUGAACUCGUAUGAAUUGG